GGGGCGGGACGCGCCCGGGAGCGGAGUGGGAAAGAGGAAGUGGAGCCGGGCGAGCUGCAGGGCUCGGGGCCGCCGGAGCCGGCGCUGGAGCGCAGCGCACCGCGGAGCCAGUGCUCGGGAGCCGCCCCUCUCCGGUGAGCUCCGCCGGGACUAUUCCAGGGACCAGGCAAGGGAAGCCGGGGACCUCGUCCACGCGCCCCGAAUCUGCAGGUAACAACCAACAUUAAGAUUUGUGGGUGACGACAUCAGAAGAGUGAGCUCCAACUACAGAGCGGAAGCAGAUGGACACCACCAUUUGCGACCGGAAGUGCCGUCAGCUGUAAGUCGAGUUCCUGAUCCAAGGACCCCAGCUGAACCCUGCCAGUCCCCAGAACCGAAAACUAUGGAGCUUUUGGACAGUGACCGGCCCAUCAGCUUCGGCUCCACCUCAUCCUCGGCCUCCUCCAGGGACAGCCAUGGUUCCUUUGGCAGCAGAAUGACUUUGGUUUCAAAUAGCCACUUGGGCUUAUUUCACCAGGAUAAAGACGCUGGGGCCAUAAAGCUGGAGCUGAGACCCGCGCGACCAUUUUCCAGCAGCGAACUGCAGAGGGACAAGUCUGCUGGACCACAGAGCAUGGACAGUGCCAGCGAGAAGCAGCCGAGGACCCCGUGGAGAGUGGACACGAACGGGGCACCGCAAACCGCUGCAGACUCGACCACCAGCCCCAAGCUCCUCUAUGUGGAUAGAGUUGUGCAGGAAAUCCUGGAGACAGAGAGGACCUACGUGCAAGAUCUAAAAAGCAUCGUGGAGGAUUACCUGGAAUGCAUCCGGGACCAAACCAAACUUCCCCUGGGGGCCGAAGACAGGGCUGCUCUUUUCGGGAACAUACAGGAAAUCUACCACUUCAAUAGUGAACUUCUUCAAGAUCUGGAAAACUGUGAAAAUGAUCCUGUGGCCAUAGCAGAAUGUUUUGUGUCUAAGAGUGAAGAGUUCCACAUUUACACCCAGUACUGCACCAACUACCCAAGGUCUGUGGCCGUGCUAACCGAGUGCAUGAGGAACAAGAUGCUCACCAAGUUCUUCCGGGAGCGCCAGGAAGCUCUGAAACACUCACUGCCCCUAGGGUCCUAUCUCCUAAAACCAGUUCAGCGGAUUCUCAAAUAUCAUCUCCUUCUGCAUGAAAUAGAGAAUCACCUUGAUAAGGACACGGAAGGCUAUGAUGUUGUGCUGGAUGCUAUAGACACGAUGCAGCGCGUGGCGUGGCACAUCAAUGACAUGAAACGGAAGCAUGAACACGCUGUCCGCUUGCAGGAGAUCCAGAGCUUGCUGACUAACUGGGAGGGGCCUGACCUCACCAGCUAUGGGGAGCUGGUGCUUGAAGGAACCUUCCGCAUCCAGAAGGCCAAAAAGGAGAGGACUCUCUUUCUCCUGGACCAGCUGCUGCUCAUCACAAAAAAGAGAGACGACACGUUUACGUACAAAGCUCACAUCCUGUGUGGCAACCUCAUGCUUGUAGAGGUCAUACCGAAAGAGCCCCUCAGCUUCAGCGUCUUCCACUACAAGAACCCCAAGCUGCAGCACACGGUUCAGGCCAAAUCCCAGCAAGACAAACGUCUCUGGGUUCUGCACCUGAAGAGAUUGAUUCUGGAGAACCACGCAGCAGCAGCCAAGAUCCCAGCUAAGGCCAAGCAAGCAAUUCUUGAAAUGGACGCCAUCCACCAUCCAGGCUUCCGUUACAGUCCGGAAGGAGAGAUGAAGACACCGUGUGGGUCUACACCACAGCGGCUGAGACGGAAGUCAGAACCUUCCUCAAGAUCACACAAAGUGUUGAAGACCAGCGAGACUGCACAAGACAUCCAGAAGGUAUCUAGAGAGGAAAGCUCUUCCCAGCUGACUUCCGCCGGCCCUGUCCAGAGGAACCGCCAGGCCAGCAGCGCCGCAGUUAACAGCGUGCUUCGUGGGGGAGGCGGUGUUAGAAGCCUGUGGACGGAUCACCACAUCCGGCAGCCCCUGUUUGCAAGCCGCCGAUCUCCACAGGAGAAUGAAGACGAUGACGAUGAUUACCAGAUGUUCGUCCCGUCCUUUUCUUCCUCGGAUCUCAACUCCACCAGGUUGUGUGAAGAGAACGCUUCAAGUCGCCCUUGCAGCUGGCAUCUGGGACUGAUCGAGCCCACCGAGAUCUCCAGCUCUGGUCACAGGAUAGUCCGGAGGGCCAGUAGUGCGGGUGAAAGCAACGCAUGCCCUCCUGAAGUAAUAAUCAGGGACCGUGUUCUCUCUCAGUACUAUCCCGGGAGAGACCUGCAGAAUAUCCCUCAACCAGGAGAGGGGGGGAUGACUCCCUUUGGGUCAUCUGUAGAGCUGACUAUUGAUGAUAUACACCAUGUCUAUGAUAACAUAAGUUUUGAAGACUUGAAGUUGAUGGUUGCUAAGCGAGAUGAAACUGAAUGCUCUUUCUCCAAAUCACCCAGAGACUCUGUUCGCCCCAAGAGCACCCCAGAAUUAGCCUUCUCAAAGAGACAGGCUAGCCACAGUACAAGCUCUCUCCACUCAAAGAAAGAGGCAGGCCCCAGUGGUCAAGAGGCAUCCAACCAAAGCAUACAUGAACACCAGGAAGUGGAAGAAAACAUCUAUGACACCAUAGGGCUUCCGGACCCACCAUCACUGGACUUUAAAUGCAGCACCCUUAAGCAACCCAAAAGGAGUACCUUCCUGGGUCUGGAUGCUGAUUUUGCGUGCUGUGACAGCCUGAGACCAUUUGUCUCCCAGGAUAGCCUCCAGUUCAAUGAGGAUGACGUAUCUUACCACCAGGGACCCUCUGAUACGGAUUAUUUGAGUUUGUUAUACGACUCUCCCCGCUGUAACCUGCCUAUUGCAGAUAAGGCUCUGUCGGACAAAUUGUCUGAAGAAGUAGAUGAAAUCUGGAAUGACCUGGAAAAUUACAUCAAGAAAAACGAAGACAAAUCGAGAGACCGUCUCCUUGCAGCCUUCCCCGUGAGCAGAGACGAUGUACCCGAGAGGCUGUGUGUGGAGAGCGCCCACGAGCCGAGCAGGGAUACAGGACACGCCACACCUGUGCUGGCCCUCCCUGGAAGCCAGGCUUUCCUUACACCUGGGACAAACAAAAACAGGGUUGUCCGAGCCAGCAGGGCCAACUGCUCCCUGGAUGAUGACCUUAUUUCGACAGAAGGCUCCUUCCUGAGUCUUCACCAACUCUCUCUAACCAGCGACGUGCCUCCUACGGACAAUCCCUAUGACCUGCCUAACUGCAGUCUGCCCCAAACAGACCCAGGAAACCCUGACCCUGGGAUGGAGGUCACAGACAAGACCAAGAGCAGGGUCUUUAUGAUGGCCCGGCAGUACAGUCAAAAGAUCAAGAAGGUAAAUCAGAUUUUAAAAGUGAAAAGCCCAGAGUUGGAGCAGCCGCCAUCCAGUGAGCAUAGACCCACUCACAAAGACCUGGUGGCCAUCUUGGAAGAGAAGAGGCAAGGAGGGCCAGCCAUUGGUGCCAGGAUCGCUGAAUAUUCCCAACUGUAUGACCAGAUUGUAUUCAGAGAGACACCCCUUAAAACUCAGAAGGACGGCUGGGCCAGCACCCAAGAACCCACCCUUCACAGGCCUGCGUCACCUCCCCAGGCCCAGGGCACUGGUGAAGACUGGCUUUGGCAUUCGCCCUACAGUAAUGGAGAGUUGGCAGAUUUCUCUCCCCAGACAGAGCAAGACUCAAAGUCAAAAUACCCCAUCACGUUAGAGAGCAUCACCAAAAUUACACCCAGGCAGUUGUCAGCCGCUUGCUCGGUGCCUUCUCUCCAAGUAUCAGACCCUCUGCCCAGCUCUGUGCAGCAGAGAUGCAGUGUGGUGGUCAGUCAGCCCCACAAAGAGAACUCAGGUCAGGGUCAUCUUUACAACUCGCUGGGUCGCAAAGCAAUCGCCGCUAAAUGCCAGUCUUAUAGCAGACCUCAGUCAUCUUCCUCCAUCUUGAUAAACAAAUCUCUGGACUCCAUCAACUAUCCCAGUGAGACAGAAAAGAAGCAACUGCUCUCUUCACAAAAAAGUCCCAGAGGCGCCAGCCAGCAGGACUUGCUGUCGGGGCUGGUGGACUCAUGUCAGCAGGACACUGGCAAACGGUCCGAUCUCACGCUCCAAGACUCACAGAAGGUUCUGGUAGUAAAUAGAAAUUUACCCUUAAGCGCUCAAAUAGCGACACAGAACUACUUCUCUAAUUUCAAAGAGACCGAGGGAGAUGAAGAUGACUAUGUGGAAAUCAAGUCAGAAGAGGAUGAAGUGGGGCUGGAUCUCUCUCCCAGGCGAGGCAGGAAGUCUGACCCAAAGAUCCCGGACUCUGACUGUUCUGAUAACAUCUGUAGCCACAGCACACCUUACUCUUUGAAGGAGCCAGGGCACAGCAGGCUUGGGCUUCCUCCUUACCUGACAGCGUGUAAGGACUCUGAUAAACUGAACGAUUAUCUGUGGAGGGGGCCGUCACCCAAUCAGCAAAACAUUGUCCAAUCUCUGAGGGAGAAAUUUCAGUGUCUUAGCUCAAGCAGCUUUGCCUAAGUUUCCAGAACUGUCCAAAUUAGCUCCUUGGGUUUGCAAGUCACCAUACGAAUGAGGUUGGUUUUGCUGCAUAUUUUUUUUUUAAAUAUAUGUACCAGUUUGGGACAAUUUUGUAAUAACAAGAGGGUAAAACAUACUUUCAUUUAUAGCGCAACUCUCUGAGCUGACUGACGAUGGCAUUUCCCCCAACCCAAUAUCCUGACAGUAGCACCCACUCGUAGAAUACCUUCUCUCCGCAUCCCAAGGAGUUUUAGACUGUGACUCAGAGGCACCACAAGUGAGUCUCUCACGGUUUUUAAAAAGAGAAUCUAGAGUUAUUUAAAGAAUCAUGCUUAUAUGUGGCAGCUCUAUAUUUGUGACAAGACUCAAGAAUGUUGCAUGCCAGAGACUGCUGGUUGGACCGUGGCCUCGUCACGUAUUUAAAGGACACCAUGCUGGUGUCACGAUCACAUUUCCUUUAGAUGCCAACAUGAUGUGACUACUGAAAAGGUUAAAAUGUAGCCCUAGCACCAACUUGUUAUUAAAAAAAAAUUAAGGUUUUUUUACUUGUGUUCCAGGACAAGGCGCAGAUGGUGUACCACUGCUUAUGAUAAUUCUACAAUUUCUGGGGUGAGAUAAACUAUUUCUUUCUCCGCAUAAAGAAAGCCAAUCUUAAUAAAAUGCAAGCCAAGUUGAUUAUUAGAUAAGAUAGGGAGACUUCUGGAAACACUCCAUUCAUCUUAUUACAUGUAAAGGAGAAUUUUGCCCCUGGAAAAAACAACAGGACAAGACAUCCUGGUACUACUGUAGACACCUGUCUCUUAUGGAUAGAGCAAAUCUUCAGUUAAAAUAAGGCAAAAUGCAUUUAAAUGAUCCUUCUAGAGCAGUUCUUCAUAGACACUAAACUAGCCUUGAGGUUCAACGGAAUGCUCUACCUGAGAAGCCCUCCCCACAGUAACAGUAACGGGCAAGAGCAUAUUUUCUAAACAGCUGAUAACCCAGGGCCUCUUAAAGCUUUGGAACAUAUAGAAGAACAGAGACUCUGGGGUCUGGGUUCCGACUGGUAACGUCCCUUACCCUGUACUCACCGUCGCACACAGCACUUUGCUGUGCUAACAAACCAGUCUAACUCCUUGUAGAUAGGAACCGAAGAUGAAAAGCAAGACGCUGUGAUUCAAAUGAAAAAGAGAGAAAUGAAGGCGGGUUCGCUGCUACUUCGUAGAAGCAUCUUGUUGAAGACCCCAUGAGUCCAGUCAGAACGUGCUCUAUGUCUGUGCCUGUUCUACACGGUGGAACAUUUGGGACUCUUCCCUUACCCUCUCAGUCUCCAUUUUAACAUUUCUUUUUAUUAGAAUUAAACAAUCUGUUCCAUUUAAAAAAGAUGUGACAGUACACGUGGAAAAAAGAUGCCUGGCCUUUCACUUAAUGGUAAGCAAUAAUGGAGACUCCCUACCCACUUUCCAUAAGGCUUUCUCUCUUUUUUAAUUCCUAUUCCCUCUUAUUCUCAACUGGAAAACACAAAAAUGUGACCAUCUUUACGUUCCAAAUAUGCCUCUGAGGUUCGUUUUGUUUCGCCGCUUUGUUUUUGCUAUUUUAGAAUUUCUUGUUCUUCACCCUCUACUCUUCCUGUGGCCACCAAGGCAUCAGAGGUUGCAGGAGACACCUGGUGGCAGAGGCCCUGCCCCACGGUCUGAGACCCUGACUUAUCCCCAGCACUGAAUGGCAUAGCUCUGAAAACAUUCCACACCCCAGCCCCUUUUUCCCCAUUGCUUUUAUUUAAACAUGAUGUGAGGUUUCCAGAUUAAGCAACAGCAGAAAAAGAUGAGAACUCUUUCCUUAGAAUUUGCUAGAGGAGUGUAAACACAUUUGUAUCACUUGCAUUUGUUUGCUUGUUUUCUUUUGUUUAAGUUACCUGACUCUUAUCCAAGAUAAGUUCCCUGAUGGGUUUUUUUUUU